AUGACUGAUUCUAAAUAUUUUACUACUACUAAAAAGGGAGAAAUUUUUGAAUUAAAAAAUGAAUUGAAUUCCGAUAAAAAAGAAAAAAAAAGAGAAGCAGUUAAAAAAGUUAUAGCUUCAAUGACUGUUGGUAAAGAUGUUAGUGCACUUUUUCCUGAUGUUGUUAAUUGUAUGCAAACUGAUAACGUGGAAUUAAAAAAAUUAGUUUAUUUAUAUUUAAUGAAUUAUGCUAAAAGUCAUCCUGAUUUAGCAAUUUUAGCUGUUAAUACUUUUGUUAAAGAUUGUGAAGAUCCAAAUCCAUUAAUACGUGCAUUGGCUGUUAGAACAAUGGGAUGUAUUCGUGUUGAUAAAAUAACAGAAUAUUUAUGUGAACCAUUAAGAAAAUGUAUGAAAGAUGAAGAUCCAUAUGUAAGAAAGACGGCAGCUGUUUGUGUUGCAAAGUUACAUGACAUUAAUCCAUCAUUAGUUGAAGAUCAAGGAUUUGUUGAAUUACUUUCAGAUCUUCUUUCUGAUUCAAAUCCAAUGGUUGUUGCUAAUGCUGUUGCUGCAAUAACUGAAAUUAAUCAAACAAAACAAUUAUUUGAAAUUAAUCUUCAACUUGUUAAUAAAUUACUUACUGCAUUAAAUGAAUGUACAGAAUGGGGACAGGUAUUUAUUCUUGAUGCAUUAAAUAAUUAUACACCAAAAGAUGAAAGAGAAGCACAAAAUAUAUGUGAAAGAAUUUCACCACGUUUAGCUCAUGCUAAUGCUGCUGUAGUUCUUUCAACUGUUAAAGUUUUAAUGAAAUUAAUGAAUUAUCUUCCUGAAACAUCUGAAUUUAUUACUCAAUUAACUAAAAAAUUAGCACCACCAAUGAUUACAUUAUUAUCAGCUGAACCUGAAAUUCAAUAUGUUGCAUUAAGAAAUAUAAAUCUUAUUGUACAAAAAAGACCAGAUAUUUUAAAACAAGAAAUGAAAGUUUUUUUUGUAAAAUAUAAUGAUCCAAUUUAUGUUAAAAUGGAAAAACUUGAUAUUAUGAUUAGACUUGCUCAACAAAAUAAUAUUGCACAAGUUUUAAGUGAAUUAAAAGAGUAUGCUGCUGAAGUUGAUGUUGAUUUUGUUAGAAAAGCUGUUAGAGCUAUUGGUAGAUGUGCCAUUAAAAUUGAAACUGCUGCUGAAAAGUGUGUUUCUACUUUAUUAGAACUUUUACAAACAAAAGUUAAUUAUGUUGUUCAAGAAGCUGUUGUUGUAAUUAAAGAUAUAUUUAGAAAAUAUCCAAAUAAAUAUGAAAGUAUAAUUUCUACAUUAUGUGAGAAUUUAGAUACACUUGAUGAACCAGAAGCAAGAGCAUCAAUGAUUUGGAUUAUUGGUGAAUAUGCAGAAAGAAUUGAAAAUGCUGAUGAACUUUUAGAGUCAUUUGUUGAAACAUUUCAUGAUGAAAGUACACAAGUUCAAUUACAAUUACUUACAGCUACAGUUAAAUUGUUUUUGAAAAAACCUAGUGAAUCACAGGAUCUUGUUCAACGUGUUCUUGCAUUAGCAACUCAAGAUUCAGACAAUCCUGAUUUAAGAGAUCGUGGUUAUAUAUACUGGAGGCUUCUUUCUGCUGAUCCAGCAGCAGCAAAGGAAGUUGUCUUAGCUAGUAAACCUUUGAUUUCAGGAGAAACAGAUUUCCUUGAACCAUCUUUCCUUAAUCAAUUAAUUAAUCAUAUUGGUACACUUGCUUCUGUUUAUCACAAACCACCAAGUAGUUUUAUUGAUACAUCUCGUCAACCAUUAAAGAAACUUGGAGUUCCAUCUUCUGAAAGUAAUGAUGAGGCUGGAGAUAUUCUUAAUUUCGGAGGUGCUGGCGCCGGUGGUAUUGGUGGUGGUGGACCCAUUCAAACUGGUCCUGUUAUUCCUUCACAAUAUAAUAUUAUUGUUGAUCUUCUUUCUCUUGACAUCAACCCAACACCAACUAUUCCUCCACAACCUCCAGCUCCAGCAUCUACUGGAUUGGAUGAUCUUCUUGGUCUAGGUAAUUUAUCUACCACCAAUACAAAUCCACCUCCAGCACAAACAACUACCAAUGACUUAUUUGGUGAUAUUCUUGGAACAUCAAUUCUUCCACAAACUCAACCAUCAUCCACUUUAAGUAAUGUAGAUAUUUUUGGAUCAACAACAACAAAUACUUUUAAUACACUUGGUGGUUUUGAUAUAUCAUCAUCUUUUGGUCCAUACAUACCUCCAAAAACAUUGUGGCUUGACAGUAAUGUUGGAAAAGGUCUUGAAGUUCUAGGAACAUUUACACGUAGAAAUGGUGAGAUAUAUAUGGAAAUGACAUUUACUAAUAAGUCAUUGGUUCCUUUGAGUAAUUUUGCUCUUCAAAUGAAUAGAAAUUCAUUUGGUCUUGUUCCAGCUGUCCCAUUGUAUGUUCCAUCUCCUCUACAACCAAAUCAAUCUGAGAAUGUUACAUUACAAUGUAAAGUUGGUGGUGGUGUUUUAAAAAUGGAUCCAUUAACUAAUAUACAAGUAGCAAUUAAAAGUGACAAUGGAAUUCUCUACUUUAGUUGUUUAGCACCAUUAAACAUUUAUUUUGUUGAGACUGGAAAACUCGAGAAAGCUGAAUAUUUACAGAAAUGGAAAGAUAUUGCUCAAAGUAAUGAAUUGACAAAACAAUUAUCAAAUCCAAAAAAUCUUUCUUGUGAUGAUAUUUGUAAAAAACUGGAAGCAAAUAAUGCUUUUAUUACAGCUCGAAGACAAGAUAAUGAUAAAGAUAUAUUGUAUAUUUCUAUUAAAUAUACAAAUAAUGUUAAUGUUCUUUGUGAAAUGACUGUUCAACAGGGAUCACCAAUAAUUACUUUAUUAAUGAAAGCACUUUUUGCUCCUGCUCUUUCUACUCUUGAUCAAUGUCUACAAGAUAUUAUUAACAAUUAA